UCCGAUCGUCAUACUGACUGGCCGGGGAUCAGCUGAUACGUCCUGGGCUUUUUUUUUUUUUAAAACAUAAUCGUGACUGCGGCAACUGAAGUACAUCACUAACCUGCUAUCGUACAGAAACCUAUUCAGCGAGGGCGAGACUCAGAAAAUUACAGAGCAUCGAAAACCCGAGGCCACACUGUAACUGCAGGGCGGAAAUUGCACGACAUUUUAUUCCCGGCGAUCUGAAAUCCUCUAAGCAGCCGCAGCCAUGGCGCUCAGCGAUGCCGACGUACAGAAACAGAUCAAGCACAUGAUGGCUUUUAUAGAGCAAGAGGCCAAUGAGAAGGCAGAGGAGAUUGAUGCCAAGGCGGAGGAAGAGUUCAACAUCGAGAAGGGCCGUCUGGUGCAGACCCAGAGGCUGAAGAUCAUGGAGUACUAUGAAAAAAAGGAGAAGCAGAUCGAGCAGCAGAAGAAGAUACAAAUGUCCAACCUCAUGAACCAGGCACGGCUGAAGGUGCUGAAGGCUCGUGACGAUAUGAUCAUGGACAUGCUGAACGAGGCUCGGCAGAGACUGGCUAACAUCGCCCGAGACCCAGCGCGGUAUUCGGUUCUGAUGGAUGGGCUGGUUCUGCAGGGUUUGUACCAGCUUCUGGAACCCAAAGUGGCCAUCCGCUGCCGCAAACAGGAUGUGGCGUUGGUGCAGGCUGCGGUACAGAGAAAUAUUCCUGUCUACAAAGCUGCUGUCAAGGACAACAUCGAGGUGCGCAUUGACAAGGACAACUUCCUGUCACCUGACAUCUCUGGGGGAAUCGAGAUCUACAACGCUGAUGGGAAGAUCAAGGUGUCCAACACCCUGGAGAGCAGGCUGGACCUCAUGGCCCAACAGAUGAUGCCAGAAAUCCGAGUGGCUCUGUUUGGGAGGAACCAGAACCGCAAGUUCUUGGAUUAACAGACUCUUUUCAGAAUGGGUGGUGUCAUUUAAAGCACAGUGAUGUUUAUCAAGGUAUCGGUUUCAAGGUCCAGGAUUCCAUAGCCCAUGUAUGUUGGGGAGGAAAAAAAGACAUUCCUGAAUGAAAUAUAGGUUCCGUUGUUUGCUGCUGUUAUUUGUGUGUGUGUGUGUGUGUGUGUGUUUUGAGGUAAAAUAAAUGUGGAACUUUCAUAGCUACCCAAGGCACAGAGCUGGCAGACAUGUUGGUUUUCUAAGGCGAAGGCGAGCCCAGACUCUGGAUGCUUCCUUAAGUGUCCUGAAGCCUGUGUUGAAUAUCGAUUGGCUGUUCUUUGCCAUCCUGUGUAAUUUCACUGUAACUCCUGGUGAUACCAGGCUGCAUGGUAACUGAAUAUUAUUGAAUAGUAGGGAUUCCCUUCGGUAUAAAUGAAUGUCCUUCUGCAUAACACAGUACCCUCUCCACUGCAGGACCAAUCCUGGCCCAACUCCAGUGUGCUUCGUUAAACAAAUUAUUUUAUAAAACAAACAACUGCACCACCAAUGAUGAAAUACUCCAGUCAGCUCAAUAUAUUUUUUCUCGAUCGUCACUAUGUACAGUCAACCCAGCCGUGUUAUAAACUGGUAAAAUACAAGAUUUAACCCCCUUCGGAAAAUGUGAUCUUAGUGAUGUAAGCACCAUGUGACCUGCAUCUGUCUGCUUUCUGUAUUGUACUGUACAUUUGUGGAAAUUUCAUGUAUCCUGAUGGCAGGAGGGUGCAUUCUCAUUGUCCACAGCCUCUUUUUAACACUUUUGUUGUGUGUUGGCUAUCGGAUAUUUGUUGAGGUGGAAAUAACAACAUAUUUAUGAGACAAAA